AUCUUCUUGCCAUUCAGUUGUAGAUCUUGGAGACGCUGAUUCCCUGAGACUGAGGAGAGAUGUCUUACCAGCAGCAGCAGUGCAAGCAGCCCUGCCAGCCACCUCCUGUGUGCCCCACGCCAAAGUGCCCAGAGCCAUGUCCACCCCCGAAGUGCCCUGAGCCUUACCUGCCUCCUCCUUGUCCACCUGAGCAUUGCCCACCUCCACCAUGCCAGGAUAAAUGCCCUCCUGUGCAACCGUACCCACCCUGCCAGCAGAAGUAUCCACCUAAGAGCAAGUAACAUCACUAGAAUUCAUCGGGACCAUGAAACAACAAGAUCCAGUGGCUCUUCUUAGUCCCAGCACUCCAUCAUCUUCCCUUCAGCUCUAGUGGGAGGCUGCAUCUUCCCUAAUCUUUGCCUGGCUUGAGAGUUGACAGAGAAAAGGUUUGGUUCUGAAAACCGAUAUGUUGUUGGAAGAUGAGCAGCCGGAUCAUCGCCUAAUCUCGCUUUGCUGUCUGUGAUGUAGAUGGUGGUUCCUAUCCCGAGAGCAAGUGUGUUUAUUCUUUUGCUUCUUCCCAAUAAAGCACACGUUUCAUGGUUAAGCCCA